AUUAGACAUUUAGAUUCAUAUAUUAUUCUUGAAGCCUUACAUGAAUAUAAGAGAGAGAAUUUUAUCCCAUUUUUCUUAUCACCAUUCCAACCUUCUUCUUUCCUCAAUAAGAAUCAACUCCCAAAGAGUCUCUUAACUACCUCAUAAAUUAUUUUCCAAAAAUCUAAAUUUAGCAAGUUCAUGUCAAUAUUUUGAUAUGAGAGAAGUUUGGAAUAUAGGAACAUGCAGUCAACAACAAGAAGAAGAAAAAACAUCUAAUACAAACACUAUUAUGAGCCGUUUUGAGUCACCAACUUCUGCUUUUUAUGCAACAGAAACUUGCAUGGGUUUUGCAGAAUUUGAUAAUAGUCAAUCUUUGAAUACUCAAGUGCAUAAGAUCAAUGAUUUGGAGUACCCUUUAUGUCAAUCUUUAAGGGAAAACAAUCAAUUUUUGGAUUCAUCAAACCAAUCUGAUCCCAACUUUGAGUUGUCAAAUACUUUGCAAGCAUUGGUGAAAUCUCAAUUGAAUGGUAAUCAUUGUGUUAGAUUACCAGAAAACCACAAUAAAUUUUCUUGUGAGAAUUUUUCUAGGAUCAAGCCUUUUCCGUUUGAACAACAAAAGUUGUUUUUCGAUGAUCUUGCCUCGGUUAGUAGAAACUCAUCAUUUUAUAACAAAGGAAAUCAUGACUAUAUGGUUGCUCGCGGAACUUAUCAUUUAUCAGUUGAGCAACUGAAUUUCUCUUCUCAACAUGAGAUGUUAUCUCCAACAAUUUCAUCAGGAAGUAUCUCAAAUUCUGUUGGAAACUCUUCUUCUAAUGGAAAUGUAGUCUCGAGUAAAACUAGAAUUAGAUGGACAAAGGAUCUUCAUGAGAAGUUUGUUGAGUGUGUGAAUCGCCUCGGUGGUGCUGACAAGGCAACACCAAAAGCUAUAUUGAAGAUGAUGGAUUCUGAAGGUUUGACCAUAUUUCAUGUGAAAAGUCAUUUGCAGAAAUAUAGAACUGCAAAAUUCAUGCCAGAGACUUCAGGGAAAUCUGACAAAAGAAUCCAUACAGAAGAUCCGCAUCAUGUUGGUGUUAAAGCUGGCUAUCAAAUUAAGGAAGCACUUCAACUUCAAUUAGAAGCACAAAGACGUCUUCAUGAACAACUAGAGAUUCAAAGAACAUUACAAUUGCGACUUGAGGAACAAGGCAAACAGCUGAAAAAGAUGUUUGAUCAGCAGCAGAAGACCUGUACCAACUUCUUCAAUACUCCAGCUACAAUCAAUAAUGAUGAUACAAAAACUAGUCACAAAGAUGUUGAAGUUUCUAUUUCGGAAGCGGCUGAAAAUUCUUUACUCCCUUGUUUAACCUCUCCGAAUACAUAAUUUGGUAGUUAUGUAUAAAAUUAUAGUUUCCCUGAAGCUUACUCCUUGUAAGCAACAGAUAAAUCUUACCGUGCAGUUUUGUUAUGGUAAUAAAAGUAUUGUUGAUUCCAGUGUUGUUGCAGGUGCGGAGCCUGUUGUUGCAUAUAAAAUCAUAUAGAAACCAGAAGCAUUGUACAGCUGUACUAAAGUAAACUACAAUAGCAUUGUUGAGGAAAAAUAUUAUAUUAAAUCUGCACUAAUUCAAGUUUACUAAAUAAUUAUAUUAAAUCGAAUCUUUCUCAAAACAGAAAAUAUAAUAGUAAAGUAAAAAUUCAUAUAAUAACAGUUGAAAAUAUAUUCGAAUCUUGAGGCGUCAGAAAUUACUAGAAAAGUUGCAUACAAUUUACUUUUUAUUUUAAAAGCAGAAUGAAACUUUAACUACAGUUGACCGCAUUCAUGUGCGAUCUCAGUUCCGUGAUGCCAUUGGUUUUUCUUCACUCAUGUUUGUUUUUUACCACUCUUAGUUUUUAUGCAACAUUGAUAAUUGGUUCUUUGAGAAGUUGGUUAAUACACGUGUUUCUUGUUGCUAUUUCUGAAGUGGAACAAGGCUUCACUUUCUAUUUGCUAUUGAUUCAAAGAGACACUAGAGACACAUUCAGCAGCAACAAUAUGCGGAAGGAAGGGGUUUAGACAACUUUUAUGAAGUUACAGUACAUAACAGAGCACUCAACACCCUUGUGAAACUAAGAUGUUAAAACAAUUUUUAAGGAAAACUAAUUACAUUUAAGUGGUUUUUGUUUGUUUGAAUAUAGGGAUGACACGCAGACCCAAACCUGCGGGGUCUUUCCGCACUCGAAUCCGAGUCAACGGAUGAAAACGG